ACCUUUGUACUACAUUAGAAUAGUGUUUUAAAUGUCAAUUGUAAUGAAUCAAAGUACGAUUUAUUAAUAGAAUUUUAUAGUAUUGAUUUUCAAUGAUCCUGAUUCACCUUUUACUAUUUCAGAUUCCGUAAAUGAAGAAAUUGACAACUUGGAACGCUAAAGUUAAAUUCAAGAGAACUUAUUAUUAUUAUCAUUAAAGCUCCAGAGGUUGACUCACGCAUAGAGUUAUGCGGGCUGACUUCCUUCAGUCUUCUGGUGGUGUUGCGAGAGAAGAAGAGAGCAAACACAAGAUUUUAUUUAAAAGUACGAAUAAAAAAUAAAAAGACAGAGGCAUUUACUUUUGCGUAAAUCCUUGAGUUUGUUUUAUUUUUAUUUUAUUCGAGGCUUGACCUAUGACAAUUAUCCGAUUUCUGCCCACCUGAACAUACACGAGGUUUCUCUAGUGUGUAACUUUUAUUGCGUAAUCUUUCGUCUGUUGAUAUUCAGAGCAGCCUUGAGUGUGAUUGGACGACUAGACCGCUGUUACCUCCAGCUACAGCUACCCCUGGACUAUAACACGAGGGUCAGUCAUCAGUCGCGGAGGUGUGGGCUAUAUGGCCACGGCUAGACGGGGAGAGAGCCGAGACGCAGGGGAGGUGUCUGUUUUAUUUGUACGAAUGUGUGUAUAUGUAUGAGUGCGGACUACCGACGGUGCGAGGUAGGGGGUGUUGGCUAGACACUGGCUCAGACCGUCCCCGUCCAGAUCUGCGGCCCGGGGGAUGGGUGGUAGUUGCUAGUUGGUAUAGUAGUACCAAGCGCCGGGAUAAUUUUCUGACGUAAUCUAUUUGUAUCUCUAUACUAUUCACGCUUUUUUACUCACCAUGCUUUUAUUUAUAUCAGUAUUAGGUUUUGGCUAUUUUUAGCGACACGAGGAUGCCCGAAAAAUUCCUGAUUUACAUCACUAUUUAAUGUCGUAUAUUUAUUCAUUUAUGUUAAGAUGUACCAGCGGAUAUUAAAGUACCUGAAGAAGAAGAAGAAGAAGAAGAAGAAGAAGAAGGGUAAUUCGGAUUUUGGACGUGACGACGGUCUUAUCGAGCAAACAAUCACUGAGUGAUUCUUGAAUGUUCACCGGCUAGACGUCUAUACUUGAACUUGUGGUUUUGUUUAUUUUAAGAUUACUUUAUUUAGCUUUUUUUUAGGCACCGAGCUUCUAUUAAUUUAACACUAUUAUCGAGGUGAUGACACCUUACACUCCUAAAACUUGUAAAAUAAUUGCGACACACUAAUGAAGAAAACUAACGCGGAAGAGAGUAAAAAAAGUGAUAAAGUUUAUGUUAGCAAACAACUUACGACAGCAGACAGAUGUCAGGAUCUCGUGAGUUCUGAUAAUACGAGUAAGGAACUGAUAUGCAUUGAAAAGAAAGCGGAAAAAAAUUGGAAGCGAUUUGAUCAUCUGUCUGGUGAAAAUGUCAAGAGGCUCGUUGAAGAAUAUCUCGGUGAAUCGAAAGUCCGUGAGCUUAAGGAUAAAUUACUGCCCGUAAAUAAAUCAUUUGAGCGGAACUUAAUACCGCCAGGAGCAGUCAACCCAUCGCCAGCUAUUCCCCGGACAAGUUCUGCUACAGUUGGCUGGAGAUCAUCACUACCGGAGCAUAAUCUGGAAGUUUUCGGGCGUUUGCAUAUCUCGCCGAAGAACACUAUUAUUACGUCUUUGCCAGAACAUUUUACUCAUCAGAAAUUCAUUAUUCUUGGAUGAAUUUAUCUGUUAUAAUUUAUCAUUAUAAUUAUUGUUAUUAUAUUAUAUUACUUCAAUUUAAUACCAGUAAGUAUUUAUAAAAUUAAUUUUAUUGCAAUUUACAUUAUGAAAAAUUUUUGUUUUAACGUCGGUGGUAGCUUUUCUGUUAAUGAUAUUGGGUUUACUUCAACUGCUACCAUUUCUUCAUUAUUGAACCAUUCCAGAU